AUGCAGAGCAGUUUGCACCAGCCUUCGUCUGCCGCAGCCCGUAGCUCGGAGCAGAUGGUCGGGGCCCCUGUGGUUUGGCCCCUGUCCUCGGUACAUGGAGCAGACAGCAGGACCGGAUCUCUGCUCAGCGGGGCCCUCGAGAUGAAAACGAUAGAGGAAAAGCCCUUUUUCAUCAAAAGGCGAGGAAUGCAUCGCAGAGAGAGGCAGACAGAGAUGGAGGAGACGGUGGAGACGGCCAGUCCAACAGGUCGACCAUAA